AUGUUACUUUGGACAGAUCACAGUGUGUAACCUCAGUGCAGUCAAUGUCACUGAUGAAAACAAACAAAACACACUCAGUGAAAAAGCUUUUUAUCCAAUAUGUGUCUGCAUUACAGCUAUAGAAUCACUAAACUACACUGGCUGCCGUACAUUGACUAACUGCCAUGGCUCAGUAUGUAAAUCAAGAGACAGUCCGCUGUCUGAAGGAGUGGGCCCCCUUAACUCACCUCUAUGACAAACUGCCUUCUAAAACAGGGGGCCUCUUCUCACAAGACAUUAAGCUUACUUGCAUUGAUGCGUUAUCCCAGUUUCUGGUGAUUGGUACUAAUGUGGGCGUUGUUUUCUGGUAUGACCGCAAAACAACAAACUUGCAAAGAUUGAGGUGUGAGAACUCCACUUCCCCUAUCCGUGUUGUAAAAGCUGUCUCCACGGUCGACUAUAUGGUUGCUUGUGGAAAUAAAGAAGGCGGAAUUACUAUCUUCCAGAUACCCAAGUCACAUCCAGAAGCGUUACCAGAGAGCUUGAAACCUCAACAGAAGCAAGUAGAGAGGUACACAGUAGCUGACCUGCACAAUUCCCCUAUUACUGCCCUGGAAUGGUCGAAGAAUGGUAUUAAAUUGUUUUCCGGCGAUAAAGCUGGGAGCAUAGUAUUAACAGAAAUCGAUUUUUACUUGCACGUUUGUAAAUCAUUAGAAAUCCUGAAUGAGUCCUACGAAGUGGUGCAGCUCAGCUACAGGCAACAGAAUCUUUUGAUAUCCACGACGUUUCGAAGCAUAGUUUGUCAGUAUUCGGAUAAGUGGAAAGUAUGUCAGGUGGGCAAGAAAGAUCGCAAAGUCUUGGGAAAAUUCGGCGGCUUGAUAUACCAACACGGGUAUACCGCACAGGACGUUAUUUUAUACACUGCAAGGCCGGGGCUGCGCAUCUGGAUUGCAGAUGUUGUGGGCCAAGUCCACAAAACGCUCCUUUUUAAAGACCUUCUGUGCAAGGAUUGCCCUCAGGUGCCAGUACUGAACCCCAUCUCAAAAGCCUUGCAGUCACGGAAGCCCCAAAAAGAGGCAGCUUUUGGCAUGGUGCAGCAAUUCUGCGACAACCUGUUGGUCAGCCAUAGUAACGAUGUGGUGUAUAUUCUAGAUCCGCACAGCAUGAAUGUGCUGGCAACCGUUAACAACCUAAGAAGUAUUUUAGAUGUGGCCACUUACAAAGACGAACUAUUUAUAUUGGAGGACAGCAGGAGCCUACUAAGAAUCUCAUACCAUCCCGAAUUUCUUCAAGAUCGAGACCGCUUUCCAGAAGAAGUGGACUCCUAUCUAGACAGGGCAAUCUGCAAGGCAGAGGAGGCUCAAGAAACCCUUAGAGUGGAAGGCAGGACCUUUGACGAGAUCAGCAAUCAGGAGUUCGAUGAAAGCAUUCUCUUUAAGAAUGCGAAGAAAACAAAGAAGAAACCUCCUAAAAUAAAUGAACGAAAAAGCCCUGAUUUUGUGCCGAAUAACGGAGUUGCCGAUAAUCUCAGUUUUACUCGGUCUACUUUAAUGAAUCUGAGCACCAUUGGAGUGAUGCCAGAUUUGAGAAGCCCCGAAUCCAUAACCAAAGACAUUAAGCAGAAGGAAAAAAUACUCUCAAAUGUGCUCAAUCUGGAGGAGCUGAGCUUCAGCCUGGAACAUGACGUUCAAGCAGAACCCCAUACCAAAGAAACUUCCCAUCAAAUUAUUAAUUUGCCAUUUCAUGGAAACGUUGAAAAUAGGAUACAGUUUGAAAAAACUCGUGAUUUUAAGAGUCGUCAAUCGCCAGAAGUGUUUUCCGAAGUCGUUCAUGUACCGAACGACUGGAACAUCGCCAAUAUUCAAUUACCCAACUUGGACUCCAACAGUGCCAUGGCCCCUUCGAAUAACAUUCCAAUAGUUCGACAGAAAAAGAACAGUUCUUCGACUAACGAUUCCUCGCUGAGCGAUUGGGAAAUCGUCUAGGGGUUUAAGUUCAGUAAAAAAUGUACUACUGCUAUUAAUUAAAUCAUUAAACUGUAAAAUUA